CCCACGCUUCCCCGGCUGCAUCGCGCAGGAUUUUCCACCGGCUCCGUGUCCCCGUGCUGCGUGGACACGGGCCGGAUCUACCCCACGUCCUGGAUGCCCGCGCUGCCCUGCGGCUGCCCCGAGGGAGCGCUGUGCGACGGGCAUCGCCACCCGCUCUGCUGCACGUGCCACUCCCGGGACCUCCUCCACGACGGCACGGGGUGGCUGCCGCCGACGCCGCCGGCAUCACCGCCGCCUCGGCGCUCGGCGGCAAGGAGGUCAAGUCGGGGCGACGCAGGGUCGUCGUCAUCGUCGUCAUCGUCGUCGUCGUCGAGUUCGUCUUCAUCGUCGGACGACGACGUGGAUGUGGAGCGUGGGGGGUUCGGGGCCGGCCGCUCGAGGAGGGCGCGCCGGUCGAAGGCGCGCAGGGCCGGCGACGCCGACCGCGGCACGCGGGAGCGGCGCGCGGAGAGACCGAGCCAGGCUUCGCUGAGGGAGAGGCCCGAGUGGAAGUACUGGGCCGGCACGGCGACCUCGCCGCACCACCGCAAGCCGGGCUCCUCGCGCUCGCCUAGGCCACGGAGCCUGAGCGCCGGGGACAUCAGAUCGGCCGUCGUCGCCGAAGCCGCGCCGCCCAUCAACACCAGCUCCAUGUUCUCGGCGGUGGUGAACCCCCAGCGCAGGAGUCGCGCGGUCCAGUCGUCAAUCCUCGCCCACGCCAGCCUGGACUAUACCACCGGCUCCAAGGGAGGCGCGGCCCGCCCGGGCGCCCUCUUCGACCGCCUCGGCGCGUCGGACCGAGCUCGCGCCCGGCAGGAGACGGAGGCCGAGCGAGGCCGCCGGGAGGAGGUGUGGCGACGCUUGGAUCACGAUCAGCGGCGGCACUCGCGCGCCGAGCAGCGGCAGGUCCUCACCGAGCGGCACAGGCGAGACCGCACCCUGGAGCGCCUGUCGGGGGAGGCCGCGCGGCUGGUCGACCGCGAGCGCCAGGAGGCCAACUCAUCGGCCGCGCGACGCACGGCGCUCUCCCGCGCCGAGGAGCUGGCGCGCUCGCACGCGAGGGACGCGCGCGAGGGCGAGCGGGCCCGGCUGCGCGCGGCCGCCGAGCGGCAGCGGGCCCACGACGGGCAGCGGGCCGCCGCCACCGAAGCGGCCGAGAGGAAGGAGGGCCGUCGGCAGGAGGCGCAGCAGCAGCGCGUGCAGGAGCACAACCGGCGCAUCGCCGAGUCUCUGCGCGCGUCCGACGAACGCCUCCUCCGCCGGGACACGGCGCGGCGAGUCCAGAUCUCUGCCCGCGACGGACGCUCGCCUCCCGCCUCCGUGUAGCCCGGCUCUCCAUCCACUCCCCCCCUCCUGACCCCGAGUGACCCAGAUCUCCUCCUGCUCCCCUCCCGAGUGACCCAGAUCUCCUCCCGCUCCCUCCCCUUCCACCUCCGUGUAGCCCAGCUCGCACACACACACACACGUACAUCCGUGUGCGUGUACGUGUGUGUGUGUGUGUGUCGCCGGUGUGCCCGUCGGUUGGGGACCUGUGGGAUUACA